UCUGCUGCACUUGGUGCUCUACGCCGAAGCCGAGGACUGAAGACUCCUUUUUUUUUUUUUUUUGUUUUUUUUUUUUUGUUUUUUGGAAGGGGGAUUGCCUGAAGAGUUUGUUCCAGUCCAAACCCCUGCGCCGCUGUUGGAUUUUACUCUCUGAUCUGCAGCUGGUAAAUCAUCAGCCAGCACUGACAUGGCCAAAACCAAGAUGGACAGCAUGGGGCGGAGCUGGAUGGUGGCACUCAUACUGAUGUGUAACCUAACAAAGCUUUUUGUGAGGGCAACGCUGGAGGUCAACGAAACCCAGCAGCAGCAUCAAACCAAUGUGUACCAUGACGUGGGCGUGACCAGGAACAAGAUAGUCACUGCACAGUUUGAGUGCUAUCAAAAAAUAAUGAAGGAUAAUAUCCACAACAGAGAAGAGCCCAUGUGUAAUAGCACUUGGGAUGGCUGGCUGUGUUGGGACGACACUAAGGCAGGAGUUGUCUCAGAGCAGCACUGUCCGGACUACUUCCAUGAUUUUGAUCCUUCAGAGAUGGUUACAAAGAUUUGCACUGACAGUGGUCAAUGGUUCCUGCAUCCUGAGAGCAACCGGACAUGGACCAACUACACCCGCUGCAAUGAACACACCAGUGAAAGCAGAGUGACUGCAAUGAAUCUUUUCUACUUAACCCUGAUAGGACAUGGGCUGUCACUGACCUCCCUUUUUAUCUCCCUUGGAAUAUUCUUCCAUUUCAAGAGUUUAAGUUGCCAAAGGAUCACCCUUCACAAAAACCUCUUCUUUUCUUUUGUUCUGAACUCUGUGAUCACCAUCAUUUUGUUGACAGCAGUGGCAAACAACCAGGAGCUGGUGCAAAGGAAUCCAACGAGCUGUAAAGUGUCCCAGUUCAUCCAUCUGUACCUGUUUGGCUGCAAUUACUUCUGGAUGCUGUGUGAGGGAAUAUACCUGCACACUCUCAUCGUGGUGGCUGUGUUUGCUGAGAAGCAGCACCUCAUGUGGUACUAUCUUCUAGGCUGGGGCUUUCCUCUCAUUCCGGCCUCCAUACAUGCCGUUGCUCGAAGUUACUACUACAAUGACAACUGUUGGAUUAGCUCCAAAACAUCGCUACUCUACAUCAUCCAUGGUCCCAUCUGUGCAGCUCUUUUGGUCAAUUUGUUCUUUCUGCUGAACAUUGUGCGAGUGCUCAUCACCAAACUGAAAGUGACCCAUCAAGCGGAGUCCAGUCUCUAUAUGAAAGCAGUGAGAGCCACCCUUAUCCUGGUGCCUCUUCUGGGAAUUCAGUAUGUCCUGCUUCCCUACAAGCCAGAGGGACGGGUCUCUUCUGAAAUAUACGACUACAUCAUGCACAUACUAAUGCAUUACCAGGGUCUGCUGGUGGCCACCAUCUUCUGCUUUUUCAAUGGCGAAGUCCAAGCAGUUCUGAGGAGGCACUGGAACCAGUAUCAGAUCCAGUUUGGCAGCAGCGUAGGAAACCACUCAGAUGCCCUUCGCUCAGCCUCCUACACGGCUUCCUCCAUCACAGAGGUACAGGGCUGCUACAGCAUCGACAGCCACACAGAACACAUGAACGGCAAGGGUUGCCACGAUGCAGACGCCUCCAUCUUUAAAUCAGACAGCCCCUUUGCCUGACAGCAGCACUCUUCUCAAACUCUAUCCAUCCCAUCCCACCCAUAAAAACUGCAGCAUGUUUGGAACUCCAUGGCAACCAGGGGAACUUGUUUCUUCCUAAAGAUACAAUGUCGGAAGAAAUAAGAGAAGAAAAGGUCUGAAUAUCCACCGGAAAAGAAAUAGUCACCUCUCUGUCACACUGACUCAGACCCUUUAACAGUACUGUAAGGUGAGCUCAGUACAGCUAUCCCUGCUCUGUCUUUUAUCUACAGUUUGCAACUGAACUGCUUCACUUGGACUAAGAUGCAUUCUGAUAAUCACAAUAUUGUUGCAGUCUUUCUGCCUGACAAAAUUGUUGUUAAAUGGAUGAAUAUUAACUGCUUGACUUUCCUCUUGGGGUCAUGUUGUGCACAAUAAGCCUUUGGUUACACUGUAAGCUCUUUUGAAAUGGUUAGUGCCAAACCAAGAAAUCCUGCCUGCUUCCUUUAUUUUUUAUUUUCAGUAGAGAAUCAGAACUAAGACAGGACAUCUAACAGGUGCACAAUAAUAUAUUAAUGCUAUGUUAUAUCUUUCACAUGUUAAACUUAAUUUAUCUUAACAUAUUCUUGUUUAUUAAAUGAAAAUAGAAUAAAUACCACACAGUAUUUAUUUACGUUGACAGUACAUAAAGUUGUGCUACAUUUUCUUUAAAUUUGUCUAUUAAAUACCAGUAUGACUUGUUGCCAGCUUCACGUAAACUUUAAACAAAUUGCUCGUUUGUUUCAGUGUUUGUUUCUAUUUGUGCAGUUAAUGCAGAUGAUGGCAUGAAUCAUACCAUUAGCUUUGCACACUUCAUUUUUAGAGAUUUCAUCAUGCUAAUGUUUGAGCGUGUUUACUGUAAGUGAUCCUUACUGACAUGUGUAUCCUUUAAACCACUUGUAAUGUGACUUGUGAACACAUCAUGAAAUCACACAUACUCCAAUGUCUGCUCAUUAUACUUGAAUGUAACAGUUGAGUUUAAAGACCUGGCUUUGUUCAACAUAAAUGCAUCACAUUCCCAUUCACUGCUGUUCUUAGCCUUGUUCUUCUCAAAAUACGAAAGAUAUAACUAAGAUGUAAGCAUGACUGGGCGUUUAGACCAAAAAAGCACUGUGUUAAAAAAAAUUCAGGGGACUGCGUGACUGAGGGCGUAUUGCUUCAGGUACUGGUGAGAAGAUGAAAUUUAACAUUUAGUACAUCCUUCUGUUUGUACAAGGUAUGAAUCAGUUCCUUCAUACACUUUUAGAGGUGGGGGACAAGUCUACAGGGAGAAAGAGGGAAUUUCGCACAAAGAAGCCUGUAACUUUGGAAGAUAACUUCAUUUGGCCAACACAGACAGCAGAGUCCUGAUAUUAGCUGAUCACACCUUCAAAAAAAACCCCUCAAAAUAUAAAAAAACUGGUGUAUUGAUAAGAGCCAAGUGCAAUGGACACAGACUUAGCAAAUAAAUCAUGAAGUAUAUGAAACGUGACUUAAACGUCCACUGGAGCUUCUACUCCACUGAUGACAGGAAAAACAGCAGCAGAUGAAAACAUCAGAUCUGGAGCGAUGAGGAGACUGUAACCUUCCUCACUUUAAUACAUGAAACAAAACAAAUCAUAGCUCAUUUUCACCUGACUGAAAAAAUAGUUCAACCAAUUGCUUAUCUCAGUGAACCAACUCCUUCUUCUUCACAUAGUAGGUAAACAGAACAGCCUUGUGGCAACAGUUGUCAGGUUUAGUGUCUUUGUCAGAUGACCCUAUGUGGUUUUUAUACCAGAGCCCUCUGCUUGGCCGACCCCUGCAACAAUGCAGUGACCUCAUUCAUAUGAAUGAGAGAGCUAUGUUUUUUUUUCACAUAGUGCUAAUAUCAGUCUGAACACAGGCUUAUACAUGUGAUGUGAUUACCAUGUCUCACGAGAUGCAAAAAAAAAAAAAAAUAAUUCUACAGAAAACAUUCUUCGUAAAGCAUUUAGCUGAAGCAGGUUGUAUCCACACAUUGCACUUUUUCACAGUUAUGUUGCCAUUUCAUCCAUUCAAAUCCCAAAGUCUUUAUUGUUUCUUGUUUUUGUUUCUUUUUUCAUUUUAGAUUAUCUUUAACACAUUGUCCACAGUGCUGGGGACACGAGUCACUAUCAGCUGAUGUAAAUAAUUUCGUAAAUCUAGCAUUUCUGAAAAGAGGUGAGUGUGAGUGUAUGUAUGUGCGUGUGUGCAUGAUUUGAAUAUACAGUAUUUAUUAGUACACCAUAUUAUUCAAAAGCAUUCAACCAUGAAGCGACCGUCUUAUGUGACAGUGUGUGGGAUGUUGAUUGAGAAGCUGUUUGCUCUACUUCUGUUUUUUUAAAAAGGGAGGGGUGGGAAAUGGGCUGUGGUGCUGAGAGCUUUCAACAGGCUACUGCAUUUGUCCUUUUCAUUUGUCAUCAGCUUUGGUAUAUAUAUAUAUAUAUAUAUAUAUAUAUGCCCUGUCAGCUUUCUAUUUUUGCCUGUAUUUGAAAGUGAAGAAGGAAAAGUACCACUACCUUCUGUGUAAGUUAUUCAUGCCAUAUUAUCACAAAUCAGACAUAAAUAUGUUUCAUGAAACAAACCGUGUGAGUCUGAUAAGUGAAGACUUACGUUCAGCCUUCCAAAGGACAUGUUCCUUUUGCUGUUUCAGUGGAAAGUAUUGAAAACAAAUCUGUACAUCCUGUUGCACAAUUUCCAUGUUUAUUUUUUUUCUUUCUUUUUGUAUGUUUGAGGUGGAUAAUCUGUUGAUGCAUUUUUUUUUAAAUUCAGAUACACUGUCCAAAUUUUCAAACAAAGAGCCAGUAAUACUUAUCUUGGGUAGAUGAGUCACCCCUCACAUAGCUGGCUAUUCAUUUUUUUAAUGAUAACUUUUGAAUGUCUCUAUCUUCUCAGCAGCCUUUAGAAUAAACAGUGAGAGCUUAAAUCGCUUGAUUCUACAUACAGGACAAGGAACAUAUUUCUAAGAAACAUAUAUAUUACUUUUCAACAGUGCAAAAGUAUUCUUGGCUGGAGUUUGAGGUAAAGGGUGAAUUUCAGACAGAAAUAUAAUCACAGUAGUCUAAGAAAGAGGUAUCAAGAAGUAUCAUAAAUACAGUUUGUUCUUUAAAAAAAAAAAAUUCAAAUCUGCAGUUUCUCAUUUUAAUCAUUAACUGUACAGCCCACAUUUAUGGCUGUCAGUACUUCUCUGCAGCAAGUGAUUAAUGUGCAGUGACAACAUUAUGAAGUCUACAUAAAUCAUGUCAUCAACUAUGUAGUGAUCCAACAUCAUAAUUUAUGAAACUACACUAAUCUCACCACAAUGCGUAGAAAAGCCAAAGACUUUUGGCAAAUGUAGUAUCUCAUGUGUACCAUUUCACUUGUGAAUUUAUGUGUGAAUUACAAAGGGUUUGUGAAGAUUCCUUUGACACUUUGGUGUGAUGUUAUUAAGUAUGACAAAAAUGACAAAAGCAUUGAGGACAAUGUCUGUAGUUUUUGUCUAUACUGUACUGUAUUUAUCUUUGCUAGUCUUGACUCUGAACUACUGUUUGAAUGUUACUGGCGGUGUUUAAUUCUCUGGAUGUGAAAACGUAUGUGUGAAAACACACACACACACACACACACACACACAUAUAUAUAUAUAUACACACAUACAUAUACAUACAUAUACAUACAUAUAUACAUACAUAUACACACACAUACACAAUUUCUGUUUUUGUUAUUUGACAAUGUCGCUAUCGUGUGUGUAUCUGCAUACUAAUACAGUAUAGCACAGCACUAAUACAUUUUUUUUGUUGUUGUUUUUGACACAAGCAGAUCUGUUUAACAGAUGUUACCAUACAAAUCAUUAAUCCUUUCCUGCUUGUCUGAUCUUCUGUAUACAAUAUGAGUUUAGUGUCAAAAUCGAGUCUGCAAAAUCUUUACAAAACACAAUGUAACUGAUUUGUGGAAAGGACGUGACACCUCUGUGGCUCUGUGGUACUCUGUUGUAAUGAGAAACAUCUGCUACGUUGGCAAAGAGACCCUCACAGUAACUGUCAAACGGAACAGCCAGCUUUCUUUUUAUGUUGUUCAGCUCCCCAGUCCCCUUUUAUUAUGAGUAGCCAAUUGCAUUAAGUUUUCACUAAAGCUCAUCUAUUGUCCUGUCUGACAAAUCCAUUUCACUUUGACCUUUAAAGGAAAUAAAAAAAAAUGAUACAUCA